AAUUAAGUAUUUCAUUGCAGUGAUUACAGUGAUGAUCAUAUCUGAGAUUUUUUACUACAGCGGAAGUGAGCGUAAGAUGGAUAGUGAUAGUUACCACAUCGAUGGCGACGAUGGGAAAGUUUGCUCUUCUAUCUCGUGUCCAAUAUGCAACUAGAGGAGCAAAAGCCCAGAACCGUGUGUGCUGUGCUGAAAAAGCGUCAAUAUUAGCAACGCAAAUUCUUGGACGACAACGGAAGCAUUUCACUUCAUCGACAACGACGACGAUGGAAAAAGAAACGACAACGGAAGUAAAAGAUCGUCACUUGACGCUUUUGGAGGUUGAGGCAAUAUGUAGCAAAGCUCUUUCUUCGUCUGGGCUCAAUCCUGAUGCAACUGCUGCAAUUACAGAAGUAGUUACUGUCGCUGAGCGUGAUGGAUGCCAUUCCCACGGCCUUUUCCGAGUACCAGGAUAUUGCCAGGCACUGUUGUCUGGCAAGGUUGACGGUUCAGUGAAACCAAAAGUUCACGACGUAGCUCCAGGGGUAGUCAGGGUUGAUGCAGGUGGUGGAUAUGCGCCGCCGGCCAUUCUUGCUGGUCGUGAUCUUGCCAUACAAAAAGUUCGCAAGAACGGUAUUUCGUGCUUGGCAAUCCACAAUUCUGUACACUUCGCUGCACUAUGGUGGGAAGUGGAAGCCCUGGCAAACGAAGGCCUAGUAUCUCUUGCUUUUGUCAAUUCUCGUAGUUUUGUUGCUCAUCACCCCGGUGGCAAACGAAAACUAUACGGUACCAAUCCAAUGGCAUUUGGCUUUCCAAGGCCUAUCGGCACGUCGUCCGAAAAUGAAGCACGCGGUCCUUUGGUCUGGGACCAGGCAUCUGCCGCAAUGGCACGAGGCGAAAUCCAAUUGUGUGAACGGGAUGGUCACACUUUAUCCGAAGGUGUUGCAAUCGAUCGCCAUGGUCAACCAACAACCUCGCCCGAGGCUGCACUGGUAAGUUCCAUUGUCUCUGGGAUACUACUUUUGCAUGAUCUUGGUUUCUGAGUCGAGAUAAAAUUCUUUGUUUCUAGAAAAAUUUGACCCACUCUAUUCCUCCGUGCCUCUACUUUUAUCGCUUCAAACCAUAGGAUGGGGCACAGGUGAGUUUUUGUUUGUUGUCAAUGUAUGAUAUAUUUUGUAUAGCUACUCGAUCUGCAUUGCAUCCGUUUCUUUUCUCUGUUGUAUCCUAGUUUCCAACUCAACGUAUCCAUCAACAUUUACAUUACACAGUUGCCCUUCGGUGGUCAUAAAGGCUCCUUGAUAGC